UGGAGGUGGAGCGAGCGGGCGGCAGGGCCGGCCAGCCAGGAGGUAGGGACCGGGACGCCGCCGCCAGCGCCGCCGAGUGUGUGGGGAAGAAGGAGCCCGGCUGGCCGAGGGAGGAGAAAGGAGAGCGCGCGCGCGCCAGGUCCCCAUCGUGACCGACCUAUGAAAUGGCAGAGAAUGGAACAGAUUGCGACCUGAGGCGGCUGGGAAUGAGCAAAGAGCAGCACAAUGGAAACUUCACAGAGCCCUCUUCACCCAGCGAACAGAAGCGGAAAGAGCGAGAAGAGAGGCAAAAUAUUGUCCUCUGGAGGAAACCACUCAUUACCUUGCAGUAUUUUUUCCUGGAAACACUAAUAAACUUGAAAGAAUGGACCAUAAAAUUGUGGCAUCGCCGAAGUAUCGUGGCGUCCCUCUUACUGCUGCUUGCAGUCCUUACGUCUGCGUAUUAUGUUGAAGGAGCACAUCAACAGUAUGUGCAGUAUAUGGAGAAGAAGCUCUUAUGGUGUGCCUACUGGGUAGGCUUGGGCAUUCUGUCCUCCGUGGGACUUGGAACGGGCCUUCAUACCUUUCUGCUCUACUUGGGCCCCCACAUAGCCUCGGUGACGCUGGCCGCUUACGAAUGUAACUCGGUGGACUUCCCCGAACCUCCCUACCCCGACCAGAUCAUCUGUCCCGACGUGGAAGGCGUGGAAGGCUCCAUCUCCUUGUGGACCAUCAUCUCGAAGGUCCGGCUGGAGGCCUGCAUGUGGGGUGCCGGCACAGCCAUUGGAGAGCUGCCUCCAUACUUCAUGGCCAGAGCAGCCCGUCUCUCCGGAGCAGAGCCUGACGAUGAGGAGUAUCAGGAAUUUGAGGAGAUGCUGGAACACGCCGAAGCAGCACAAGACUUUGCCUCCCGUGCGAAACUGGCCAUCCAGAACCUGGUGCAAAGAGUCGGCUUCUUUGGCAUCCUGGCGUGUGCUUCCAUUCCCAAUCCUCUCUUUGACCUGGCCGGAAUAACAUGCGGACACUUCCUCGUCCCCUUCUGGACUUUCUUUGGGGCCACCCUGAUCGGAAAAGCAAUAAUCAAGAUGCACAUCCAGAAACUCUUUGUGAUUAUAACCUUCAGCAAACACAUCGUGGAACAGAUGGUCUCUCUAAUUGGCGCCGUCCCCACUGUGGGCCCUUCUCUCCAGAAGCCCUUUCAAGAGUAUUUGGAAGCUCAGCGGAUGAAGCUGCAUCACAAAGUGGACGGAGCACCCCAGGGUGAAAACUGGCUGUCGUGGAUGUUUGAAAAGUUAGUCAUUGUCAUGGUCUGCUAUUUCAUCCUGUCCAUUAUUAACUCCAUGGCCCAAAGUUACUCCAAGCGCCUCCAGCAGCGGAUGCACUCGGAGGAGAAAACCAAAUGAGUGGGGUGUGGAGCGGGAGGGGGACCAGUCGACCAGCCUCUCCUUUAAAACCGGCAUUAUUUGAAAAAGGCGGGGAGGGAGCGGGAAGAGAGAACUCUCAUCCUGGGUCUUUUCUUUCUUUCUGUCUUUCUUUCUUUUUUGAAGUAACUUUCCAUUAGUAGAUGAUUCUCGUUGACUCCCGUUUUGUACAUCAAAGGUAAAUUACAUGCUCUUGUUUAAAUUUUGUCCCGGUCGAACGUACCAGGGGGUGUUAAAGCUCUUGUUUUAACAUAGGUGCUUUCCAUAAUUUCCUUUCGAAACCACUGAUUUUAACAAGUAGCACAACUCCGGACUCUCCUCGAUAACGGGCGGCCCGCCAGCCAUUCGGUUUUCCUUUCUGAGGUGGGCAGGUUCGCCCUUUCCCCCCUGUGAUCUCCAGGUCCUCCCGAACCUUCCCUGAGUAGGUCUUAGAUGGACUCACUCACAGACAUGCCCCCCCCUCCCACGAAGGCCUCCAUUUCAUUCUCAGGGGUGGGGCUCAGGCAGCAGCGCCGUUUUUAAACUUCAGAAUGGCAGUGAGCUAAGAGGCGGGUGCCGUCCAACUGCUGGAGUACUGGUGUUUUGAUUUGGUGUUUCUUUUUAAAUUCUGUAUAUUUAGAAUGAUGAUGAUGAUGAAACGAUAACCAACGAACAUAAAAUCACCUUGGAUCAUU